UCGGGUGCUUCAUUGUCUUCACAACUAUGGCUAAGGCAGUGGCACUUCUUUGCUGCUUCAUCACAGUGGCUAGCGCUGGCUUCCUCGGUGGAGGUAGCGGAGGCCACGGCGGGCAAGGAUUUGGCAGCGCCGGUGGAUAUGGUUCAGCAGGAGGUUUUGGAGGUGGAGGCCACGGUGGCGGAUUUGGUGGUGGCCACGGUGGCGGAUUCGGUGGUGGCCAGGGUGGCGGAUUCGGUGGUGGCCAUCAUGGUGGAGGAGGGGGCGGAAUCAGUUCCUCGUACCUCGUGAAGACUGUCACAAGGACGUCCUCUGCUGGCGCUGGAGGGCACGGUGGUCAUGGCGGAGGAGGUUACAGUGGUGGUCAUGGCGGGUUUUCUGGAGGACAUGGCGGAGGAGGCUACAGUGGUGGUCAUGGCGGGUUUUCUGGAGGAUAUGGCGGGGCUGGCCUUGGCGGUGGAUAUGGAGGUGGAUUCUCAGGUGGACACGGCGGAGCUGCUGGCGGUGGUCAAGCAGCUAAGAUCAUCCUUGUGAAGAGUUCAGGCGGCUCUGGAGGAUUCGGUGGAGGCUUCGGAAGCGCUGGAGGUUUUGGUGGAGGACACGGAAGCGCUGGAGGUUUCGGUGGAGGACACGGUGGAUAUGGCGGCGGCCAUGGCGGAAGCUUUGGAGGCCAAAGUGGUGGAUUUGCUGGAGGUUUCGGCGGUCAUGGUGGUGCUGGAGGAUAUUCCGGAGGCCACGAUGCUGGAGCAGCUAACGCUGUAUCCAAGAUUGUCCUCCUGAAAGCUUUCAGUGGCAGCAACGUUGCCGGAGGAGGUCACGGUGGAGGUGGUGGUGGC